AUGGUAAUACUAGUAUUACUCUCUCUCCCACUAAUCGUAUCCGGCCAAUUUUCAGUGGGUAUUAGUUUGAGUGUAUGUGUGAAAGACAAUCAACCAACUCAAAUCCGUUUAGCAUUUAUUCCAAAUGGAAUGACCGUUUCAUGGACAACAUCAAGUAAAGCUAAUUCUCCAACAUCAGUAGUAAAAUAUGGUUUAUCAAAAACAAAUCUUAAUAAACAAGCUUCAGGUUACGUAACCACCUAUGGUACAUCUAAUUUUCAUAAUGUUUUACUCAAGGGAUUGACACCAAAUACAAUCUACUAUUAUCAAAUCGCUGCUAGUGGAACCGUUGGUACAUCAGGCAAAUAUUCUUUUAAAACUGCUCCAGAACCAUCUAAUGGACAAUUUACAGUAACAAUUCUUGGAGAUUGGGGUAGUACUAAAUUCCUGUCUUUAAUUAGAAUACCGACAGACCCAGUAUGUAGUUGUUCAGGUGAAACUUUAAAAGCACUUAAGAAAAAGUUAUCAUCAACUGAUUUCUUCUGGCAUUUGGGUGAUGCUGCAUAUGCUGAUGAUUUUUAUUUGCAGACGUACUAUAAAAGGUUGUUUCCUGAUCCAUAUGAAGCUCUUCUCGAUGAUUUUCAAUGUACUCUUCAACCAUUAUCAUCAACUAAAAGUUACAUGAUAUUACCUGGUAAUCAUGAAGUGAAAUGUGCUGAAAUACCAGUAUAUGAUUAUUGUUCAAAGUCAAACUCGAAUUUCACUACAUUUUUAGACCGUUAUCGUAUGCCUGGUAUUGAAAGUGGUGGUUUUUCAAAUUUAUGGUACUCAUUUGAUUAUGGUCUAGUACAUUUUGUAAUUAUUAAUACAGAAACAGAUUUUCCAUCUUCACCAUCUGGCCGUGGUACCUUAUUAAACGCCGGAAAUUUUGGUACUAAAGGUGCACAACUAAAAUGGUUAGAAAAUGAUUUAAAAAAAGCCAAUAAUAGACGUGCUCAAAUACCAUGGAUUAUAGUUGGCGGUCAUCGACCAUUCUAUUCAAGUGCUUUUGAUUCGAUAUGUGAUAUAUGUAGAGCGGUUUUUGAGCCAAUAUUAAUCAAAUAUAAAGUUGAUAUGUAUUUUUCGGGACACGCACACUGGUAUGAACGUACUUAUCCAAUUAAAAAUGGAAAAUUCAAUAAAAAUCCAAAUAGUUACACACAUCCAACUGGAAUAAUUCAUUUGACCACUGGUGCUGCUGGAAAUCCUGAAUGCGGUGAAGGGCAAGUAUCACCGGCAAGUUAUUCGGCUAACAUAUCCUAUCAGUGUAGCUUUGGUCAACUACGUAUAAACAGUCGAACAAAUGCUAAAUGGACAGUUUUUGAUACGACAUCGUCGAAGAAUAUGAAAAUAAUUGAUCAGAUUGACAUUAACAUAAAACAUUGA